AUGCACACGGCCGGGACCCUUCUCGCCCGCGCGAACCAGCUCUACGCCGCAAACGAUAUACAUGGACUGCACGAACUGUACUCGAGAAGUGGAGGCUUUGGCGGCGACCCGUCUUCGCGACCGGGCUCCUAUAAGAUCAUCGGCAUCUGCUUGGCAAUAGCAUCUGGCUUGUUCAUUGGCGUGUCUUUUGUGAUCAAGAAGCACGGUCUGUUACAGGCAAACAAAAAGUACAACGAAGAGGCCGGCGAGGGCUAUGCAUACCUCAAGAAUGCAUGGUGGUGGUUAGGAAUGACCCUCAUGAUCAUGGGAGAGGUCUGCAACCUAGUCGCAUAUGCCUUUACCGACGCCAUCCUUGUCACGCCCAUGGGUGCUCUCUCCGUCGUCAUCUGCGCCAUCCUCUCCGGAAUCUUCCUCAAAGAACGCCUCAGCUUCGUGGGCAAGGUCGGCUGCUUCAACUGCAUCAUUGGCUCCGUCAUCAUCGCUCUUAGUGCUCCAGAGCAAUCGGCUGUGGCCUCCAUCCAAGACAUGAAGAAGUGGGUCAUUGCCCCAGGCUUCCUCAGUUUCGCUGGUGUCAUCAUCGUCGCCUGUGUCAUCAUCGCCUUCUACUUCGGACCCAGGUACGGCAAGAAGUCCAUGAUGAUCUACUUGACCGUCUGCAGCUUGAUUGGAGGGCUCAGCGUCGUCGCAACCCAAGGCCUGGGCGCCGCUGUGGUAGCCCAGGCGUCAGGUUCCCAUGGUGGUCAAUUCAAAGAGUGGUUCCUAUACGUUCUGCUUGUAUUUGUUGUAAUCACCCUGCUUACUGAGAUCAUCUACCUCAAUAAAGCACUGAAUAUCUUCAACGCUGCCUUGGUCACCCCAACAUACUACGUUUUCUUCACCUCCUCCACCAUCAUCACCUCAGCAGUGCUCUUCCAAGGAUUCAAGGGCACAGCAAUCCAAAUCAUCUCCGUCAUCAUGGGCUUUCUACAAAUUUGCUCGGGCGUCGUGCUGCUGCAACUCUCCAAGUCUGCCAAGGACGUCCCAGAUGCCGCCGUCUUCAAGGGCGACCUCGACCAGGUGCGAACCGUGGCUGAGCAAGAGGAACCGGAGUACGAGCCCCGUGCGGACGCUAUUCGCGGUGGCAGUGCCAUUCUGCGCUCGCUUUCGUCAGCUCGAUCACACCGGGAGCUGCAAGAGGCGAAAAGAAUCAAGGAGGAGCAUAUGCAGGUCAUUGGAGAAGGCGAGGCUGUAGAAUUCGACGGAAUCCGAAGGCGGAAAACCAUCCUGGACCCGAGCCGGCCUCCGACGCGCACCGGAACCGUCGUCACCAGAACGAUCCACCCACCGCUUGGUAUGACCCAUUUCCCUGGAGAAGACUCGGACGACGACAACAGCAGCUUCCACCCCGGCUUUUUCGAGCGUCUGCGAUCCAGGGGCAAGUCGAACGCCAGCCGCACCAGCUCCUCUGGUCUUGGUAUGACACACCUGCCCCCCAUUCCCACAGACGGCGCUUCAGAUCACGUCGAUCCGCUCUCGGACAAAGACUCGUACAAGAACAUCCCUCACCAAGACACAUCCUACAAACCCCACGAAGCCCAUAUUCAAUUCGCCGAGCUACCUCCCAUACAUCAGGACGACACGCUCACCCCACCCAAACCACCACCACACAUUGCCAAGCGCCAGUUUUCCUUCCAAAACGUCUUCCACCGCAACCGCGGCGACUCGGAAGCCUCAGCCUCGGGCAGCAAGCGGCCCGUCAGCAGAAACAGCCGCAAGAACAGCCGCGACGGCGCCAAAGCCGCGCCAGGAACAGAAGAAGAGCGACUCGGCCUCGUCAAGGGCGACUCGAGCCAUCUCAUGCGCAUACAGAGCCACGGCAGCGACGAGCUGAACCCCCCCGGCUACAGCGACGACUGGGGCAUGCGCGAGAGGCGGGCCGAUAGUCCAGGCGUCAGCCCCAGUCGCCUGCCAAUCGCAGAUGCACAUUCCUACAGCAACAGAGGCGGCAUGGAAAUGCCGGAGAUGGACCCCUACGACGGCGGGCGGUACGAACCGGCGCGGAAACCGUACUCGGGCGCGUUCUUGUAG